AUGACUGCGAAUCGUGGGUUUCGUCUAUUCAAAUUCAAUACUGCCAAGGAUCCUUCAAAUAUUUCGGCCGAAAAAAAGAAAUGGCAUGAUCUCCCUAGUUUUGAUGAGCUCUCAAAAUUCCAUGAAUUCGGGGGAUGUGCAUGGGAUGUAUGGGGUGCGGGAGACGAACUAGGGACUGUGAAUCUGCUGACUGAAGACGUCGUGCGAGAUGCCGCCAAGGAAAACGGGUCGAACUGUGUGCUUAAAUUGAGAAGGCGACCUCUGUUCUCACGUAGGGCCCCAGAAAUCGUAGUUACCAAACGCGUCCCAACGACCAAGUCAAAUGACGAUGAAAUUACCAUUAAUACACAGUCCGGAUCACAGUGGGACUCCCUGAAACACUUUGGUGUUGUAACCCAUGACGUAUUUUACCAAAACACGCCGAAGAGUUUCUUCAAACUCGGAAAAGUACCAAAUGCCGAUCCCACGAAUAUUGAUAAAGACCUUAUCAAAUUCGGGAUUCACAAUUGGGCUCAACAUGGCAUCUGUGGGCGCGCAGUGUUUCUUGAUUUGGUCCGCUUCUUCACACAGGAUGGAAAGCCGCUCCCUUACGAUCCAUGGACGACACAUGCUUUCAGUGUCUCUGAUCUCGAAGCAUGCGCUCGUUUUGAGGGCGUCAAGUUUCAACAAGCGGAUAUUCUACUCAUACGUGGUGGCUUCACGAAGAGAUAUAACGAAAGCAGCCAAGAAGAGAAAGACGAAGUCGUGGAUAAAGAGACAUUUGCCGGAAUUGAGCAAUCUGAAGAUAUGAAGCGCUUCUUAUGGAAUAACCAUUUUGCGGCGAUUGCUUCUGAUGUACCAUCUCUUGAGGCAAAGUCUCGAAUGCCUCCUCCGAAUAGGAACUUCUUACACCAAACGAUAAUUGGACUAUUCGGAAUGCCAAUUGGUGAAUUAUGGGAUUUUGAGGGACUCUCGGGAAUAUGCGCCGAAACCGGACGUUACGCGUUUUUCUUUACCUCCUGGCCGUUGAAUAUCUUGGGCGGAUGUGCGAGCCCACCAAAUGCAGCAGCAUAUUUCUAA